AUGACUUGGACACCGCUUCCUGGAAUGUAUCUCGCUCUCCGUCUCAACCCAGUGGCCAUGGUGGAACACUUGGAAGAUCCUAUAGCACUAGAUUCUGCGCGCCAAAUGCAGCCGGGGACAUAUAUCGCAUACGUCGAUCACCUUCUCGACUUCCCUUGGCGGGACAAGCCUGCCCAUAGAUGCAGUGUCAAGUUUGCUGGACGGGGUCUGCCAACACGUCUUAAGGACGAAUUCAUGGAAAGCACGAUGUGUGUUCCCAUUUUCCCCAAUACAUCGCACCCGCUGUCUCGUGAACCACUUCGGCCAAAGACACCAUUUCCAUUCUCAGACUGCUACCAGUAUUCCCUCGUCGACACCACAGUGCGCGUGCCGACGCAGGAUUUCGAGCCGCGAACUGCAAUCUGGAUGUCGCCGCGUCAGACCCAUGAGCAUAAUAGAUUCCUUGCCGACGACUUCCUCAGGCGUGCGAUACUCAUGCGCGAGAAAGGUGUCCCUGGUCCAGAUCCAGAUACCGUCAUUACUUGGGAACGUCACGAUUACGGAGGGCUGCCCUCACCUGAUUUGCGCCGGAGUGACGCCGAAAGAGACUCCCUCGACGACUUCGUGGUACCCGAGUCGGACCACGAUGGCGAUGCAUCGUUGGACCAGGAGGCCAACCAAGAAGACGGGCCUGACGGUGACUCCGCAUCAUCUAUGAUUGUAUCAGAUUCGGAUGGCGACGCUGAGAGCGUCGACUCGUCCGAACGUGACUUCACACAGCUCGCAUUCGCGGAGAGAGCUGUGGACGAUCUGGACAUCAUUCCGCUGGUCGAGGCAUCGCAGGAGCUGACGUCGAUUGAGCGUAUUAUGGAUCCUCUCGGCUUCCUCGACGAGCAGGAAGCAAUCAUUGCGAUCAUCAAGGAGUCCCGCGCACGCAAUGCCACUGCAUUUGCAGAGACAAAUGCUACUGCGACGAAAAGCGAGAGCUCUCGGGUCGAUCUGGAUCUGAACGCUGAGAAGAGUGGAAAGCAUGGCAUGGAACCAUUACGUUGGCACAAACGGCUACGCCGUCGGACUAUUCAAGUCAUCAAGACCGAACAUGGCCGCGUUAAGGGCGCUGUCAUCCGCGUCGUCGGUCUGAUCCGCACUCAUUUAUGUCUGCGGACCGUAUCUUCGUCUUCGUAA